UCUUGGGCAGCUCCAUUUUGGCUCCCACGUCCCACUUUCACAAACUACUAAACAGAGAGAUAGAGGGAAAUGGAGAUUGUUUCUGCAGUGUCUGGUUGCAGCAAUACAGGUCGUUGUUUUCUAGUAAAGGGAAAUGCAAACCAAGGUGGUCCUCCCUUGAAGCUGAAACAAGUGGGACGAGUGAAACUGUUCAAGAACUUGGCUCCGCCUUUAAUUGCUGCAUUCGUUGCCUUAUCUCCCAUCUGCAGCACCCCGGCUCUUGCACAAACCGUUGAUAUACAGAGAGGAGCCACAUUGUUUCGUCAAGCUUGUAUUGGAUGUCAUGAUGGAGGUGGAAACAUAAUUCAGCCAGGUGCAACACUCUUUACAAAGGACCUACAGAGGAACGGAGUUGACACCGAAGAAGAGAUAUACCGUGUUACAUACUUUGGCAAGGGAAGAAUGCCUGGCUUUGGUGAGAGCUGCACACCGAGGGGACAAUGCACAUUUGGACCACGUUUGAAGGAAGAUGAAAUCAAGCUCCUAGCGGAGUUUGUGAAGUUACAGGCUGAUCAAGGGUGGCCAAAUAUAGCAAGUAAUGACGAUUGAUUCUUGUUUAGAAACACAAUUAAGGUUGUUGCUCCAGAGAUUUAGUUAGUAGCAGCUCUAAAUAUAGAGAGAGAGAGAGAGAGAGAGAGAGAGAUCUAGAAUGCUAGGAAGAACGUUUCUCUGGGUUGUUAUUUAAGUUACACGAAUAAAUUGAUUCACAAUUACAGUUGUUCAUGAGAAUCAUUGAUGUAAUAAUAAUAAUAAUAACAAUAAUUGAUCUGGAA